AUGUUUCGUCAUCCCUUGACCCAGCCCAUCAUGGAACUGAUCGAACAGAUCAUGAAAGUCAGCUCCGUUUCAUGCUGGCUUCACGAAACCGAUGGGCAUUUGGCGAAUGAGAAAUUGCAUUACCACCUGUAUGCAAAGCGCGUGUUACCCGCCGCAGCUCCUGCAGCAGCCCCUGCGGCUCCUGUGUCUGACAAGUUGCCAACCUUCACGGAACAGGUUCUCUGUCAGAAUCAUCAGGUGCAAUUGACGGUUGUGUCUGCAGUCGACGCUUUGGAGCGAGUGGACGGCCUGUCCAAAAUGAUUCCAGGCUUGUAUUGUGCUACACUCUUCCUUCGGAUGGGAGGCCACUUCGUCCGACUGCUGGCUAGUGUGCCAACACUUGUUCGCGAUGUGGGGUACUUCCGAUGGGUGGCUGUGCCGUCAGAGGAGGACAACUCGGGCCGGCGGUACGCUCAAGAGCUGGGUGAGUACUUGGUUGACAACCUUCGGCACAACUCGCGCCAGAUGUCCAGCACAGCUCGCGGAGGACAGGAAGCCGAAGCGAAGGCGACGCGGGCCAUCGUCCGUGUCCUCAUGAGAAGCUUGCCAUGUGUACCGCUGCUGUCGGACUGGGUGAAGUUGGGGCCCAACCUCGACUUCUGGAUGGCAUCUGAGUUUCAAGGUGUGCUCUCAGCCUUGCUCGAGCGAGCGCCUUGGGCCACACAGCUCCCCCAGUACGAUGGCAGCGAAGAUGUUGUUUUCAUCUCCUGGCAGAAGCUGGCCGGAAGCAGAUUUCAUCGGACGAAGCAGAUGCUGUCAAACCACCAGGAGCGAUUUCGCCGGACACUGCUGACCCUGAUCGUGGAGCCGCUCCGCCACCUCCACUCUACCCUGCUGAAGUACGCUCACUCGGCGCCCAACGAUGAAGAGUGGCCGCCACUGCUGCAACAAAUUUGGCCAGCUUGCAGCAAGUUUUACCAAGUCCUGCAGUACUACAGCGUGCUCUUGGAAGGAACUGGCACUCGCCUGAGGCUGCUUUGGCAACUCUCUGGAUGCGAGUCGCUUCAGCAGUGGAUGACUGAGCAUCCUCACGAGGCCCGCGAGGUGAGGUCUCAAAUCCUACUGGCCGCGAUGAACCUUGAGAGACGCUUCUUGGCGACGCUGGACAAGUACCCGUUCAAGCUCUUUGCCUUGGCAGAUCCACGCCGCACAGAUCACGAUGAGAUUGUGGAGGCCUUUUAUGCGAGGCCGGCGUGCUGCUGGAAAGCCGGCCUCGCCAGAGAGCUGAGAAGCAGCUUGGACAAGGGUGCUUUCUUGCAGGGGCUUCCCACUCUGAGGUGGUUGUUCCUUAUGGCAGCGUUUUCUGUGAAGAUCACAGUGGCCCCUGUGGAAAGACGACACGCGACUCACAAACAGUACGCCAACAGAGGCAUGCCCUUCCCGCUGUUCUCAGCAGGCUCCAUUCUUGUCGAAUGCCGCUUCCAGGCGUCUGCUGUUGCACGUAUGUGUGAGGAGCGUGCGCAGCUGCAGAGGAUCCGAGAUGCGCAAGCAGUGGAUGCCGCCGCGCCUGUCAGGUUGCCCCCGUCUGAGCGUCGGCAGCGGCCGGCCGCUGCAGGUGGUGGCCGUUUGAUGCGAGGACAAACAGCCAUGGAGCUCUUCAAGUGGGAUUUCUUGCGGAGAGAGAGGCUUCAGGGCGGAGUGGUGAAUCCGUGCAGUUCCGACACGUGGCAGCGUGUGAAGGAGGCCUGGGCCCGCUUGUCGCCUGAGCAGCGUGCCAGCUUGGAGCGACAGUCCGAAGCCAGCAAGUUGCAGGCUGCUGUGAACAGAAACAUUGUGGCAAACGAGCGAAAAACGGAAGCCAAAAACCAAUUGGCGUUGGCGGCAGAUCCAUCUCCAUCAGAGUCAUCAGAGAGACGGCGCGUGGAUUCCUUGGCAAUCAUGAUCCGGGACCAGAGGCAGGGUGGAGUCCCACAGGCCGCGGGUGUGCGCGAACAGAUGGCGCAGGCAGGUGCCCCAGCCGCUGAGUUUCCCAUCGACCCGGAAGUUGUGACCCGGUUGGCGAAAAGCAGAAGCUUUAACAUCGACGCAUUUUCGAAGAGUUUCAGCGAAAAAGCGGCAGCCAUUGCUGUUGGCGAAACCUUGCCGGAUAAAGUGGAAUAUCCUGCCAGCUGUGGGUGCCUGUGCCGAACCACCAACACGCAGCGGUCCAUUGACAUGCACGAAGAUCUUCUUAACAUCUUGCAAAAGAUUAUCAAGGGCACCGGCCUGAAACAUGUCUUCAUCUCGCAGGCGGCAGUUCUGUUUGCCGCAGAGCAACACGUGGAGGAGUCUGAGUAUGUUGAAGCAUCAAAGCGGGCAUAUGGUCCGGGCUUGUGCUUGCGACACAGCCGGAAAGAUCCCUGCCAGCCGCUCAAACCUCCACGGUCGCCGCUGAAUCAAGGCACAAGCGGCAGGCCAAACGACUUGCUGGCCAGUCUGUCGGAAGAUGCGUGGGCAGCCUCCAUGGUCUUCUUGCAAGAGCAGCCAGUGGAGCGAGUUCGCAUUGUGUUGCUAGAGUGGAAGUUUCCAGCUCAGAGUGCGAGAUUAGACACGUAUGAGAUCACCCAGUCAGGGCAAGAUUUUUGUGCCACGGCGAAUCCCGACCCGCCGGCACCGAGACCCGGAGCCGCGCGUCCUGGCCCCAGUGACGAUGAUCAGGAUAUGUUGCAAGAUUUGACUUCCCGCGACCGACAGCGACAGCGGCGCCAGCCCGCUGCAGUUGUCGUGGACCAGGCGCAAAUGCACAAUCCGCUUGACGACUUGAUUCGCUUGGCAGAAGGGGAGAUCGAUGCUAUCGCGUGCCCUCGUGAAGACGAGGUGGAAGACAAUGCGGAGUCAGAGUCGGAAGAGGAGCACGCCCCGGCAGCAAGGCCUGAACGGAGAGUGCGGCGGGCUUCCAACAGGAGGCCUCAAGCUGCGCAGCAACCUGCUCCCGCACCAGCCCAAGCUGCCGUGCCACUGCCAGCCAUUGACCCGGACAGUCUGUUGUGCGAACCGUCGUCAUGGAACUUCGUGGCCCGCGCCAACAACACACCCGUUGGCCGCAUCCAUUUUCUUGGAGAAACAAGCCUGAAAGCUACAUGCCGCCUCCAUAAGAACUGUGUUACUGCGAUCUCUAUGCCAUCGAACGGCUCCGAGAGGCAAGCUGCAGUCCGGAGAUCCCGCGGAUCUUUGUCCGACCCAACGUUCCAGGAUCUGGAAAGCGAUUUGAAGAAUUGGCUGGCUCAGGGAUUAUCUUGUGGGCCCCAGCAGCAUCAGGCUGCCAGCCUGCAGCUCAGGGCGGAGAGAUGGCACGUGAAAGUUCGGCAGCGGCAGGCUCGGCUUGGGGGGCCGCGUUGUGGUUAG